UGGGCUCACUGUUGGUCAACCAGUGUGUGUGCUUAGAACUUAGAAGGGCUGAGGGCACCGUGUUUUGGUUUAAGGUAAUAUCAUCAGACACACUGUAAGCAUGGCUGCCGUCCAUCGUUUGGUUAUUGUCCGCCACGGUGAGAGCUCCUGGAACCAAGAGAACCGCUUCUGCGGCUGGUUCGAUGCUGACCUCAGUGAGAAGGGUUUGGAGGAGGCCAAGCGUGGAGCCCAGGCUAUCAAGGAUGCGGGCCUCAAGUUUGAUGUGUGCUACACCUCCGUGCUGAAACGUGCUGUCAAGACUCUGUGGACCAUCAUGGAAGGCACAGACCAGAUGUGGCUGCCUGUGAUUCGUACCUGGCGUCUGAAUGAGCGCCACUACGGAGGCCUCACCGGUCUCAACAAGGCCGAGACGGCUGAAAAGCACGGUGAGGAGCAGGUGAAGAUCUGGCGUCGUUCCUUUGACAUCCCACCUCCACCCAUGGACAAGGACCACCCUUACAACAAAAUCAUCAGUGAGUCACGGCGCUACAAGAAUCUGAAGCCCGGUGAACUGCCCACAUGUGAGUCACUGAAAGACACCAUCGCCCGUGCCCUGCCCUUCUGGAACGACGUCAUCGCCCCAGAAAUCAAGGCGGGAAAGAAUGUUAUCAUUGCUGCCCACGGCAACAGCCUCCGUGGCAUCGUCAAGCACUUGGAGGAUAUGUCUGAUGCAGCCAUCAUGGAGCUGAACCUGCCCACAGGAAUCCCAAUUGUGUAUGAGCUGGACGCAAACCUGAAGCCUGUUAAGCCCAUGUCUUUCCUUGGUGAUGAGGAAACCGUAAAGAAGGCGAUGGAGGCUGUGGCUGCCCAGGGCAAAGCCAAGAAGUAAGCCUGCUCUGGUAGUUCCGUGAGGAGGCAGAAAAAGAGACUGGUUACCCCCAUUGUCCUUCAACAUCUCCUGUUAUCCAUUUGUCCAUUCCAAAUGGGGAAAUGAUUCUUUUGGAGGCGAGCCACCAUUUUCAGCACAUUUUCAGCUUUUUCUUUAAAUGACAGACAGAGGUCUGACCUGUCAGUUCAAGCAGACAGACAUUUUUGGCAGCCACACGUCACUCAGCCCUUAAAAAUGUUGAGGGUCUCACCACCCUGGCCCAACCAAUAAAGAAACCAUGUUUUUAUGUA